GCGCGCCCUCGGACGGACGGCGGGCGGGUUCUAAGCGUAGCGACGCACGGCGUCGCCUUGCGUGCGGCCGUGGCGCGGCGCGGCGCGUGUCACGUGCGAGGGGAGCCAGCCCGGCGCUGGGGCGCGCGACGAUGCCCAAGUACUGCCGGGCGCCGAACUGCUCCAACUCGGCCGGGCAGCGCCGGCCGGGCGGCGAGCGCCUCAGCUUCUAUAGGUUUCCCUUGCAUAACCCAGAACGACUCCAACAAUGGCUCUCUCAGAUGAACCAAGAGAAGUGGGUACCCACCAGAUACCAGCAUUUAUGCAGUGAGCACUUUGCUCCGUCAUGUUUUGAAUACAGGUGGGGGGUUCGCUAUCUAAAGCCUGAUGCUGUCCCCACCAUCUUUCAACUGUCUGAAAAACCCCUGAAAAGGGAGAAUCCUGCCAGGCCCCCAUGCGAAACACAGGCCAAGAAGCUAAUUGCUGAGAACAGCAUGGACAGGACCUCGCAGGGGCCACAAGCCGUGGCAGCCCAUCCCACUCCGGACACACUGGAAGCUCUCGCCAUAGCUAUCGACCCGGGUCUGUCCUCGGCCCCGAUCUACGUGGAAGCCCAGCCCUCUGUCUCGGAUCUGGACCUUCAUGCCCUCUCCUCCCCUCUGGUCGGGGCGGUGAACCUGAUGCCUCUCGUUCAGAUCAUGGAGCCGCUCAAUGCUGUGGCGCUGGCUGUGGCCUCACCCACGGAGGGUGUAGAGUCCAUCCCCAUCCAUCUCCCAGGCCAGCCGUUCCCUCCUGCCAUGGACCAGCGUGUGGAUUUCUCCGUCGAGGCCUCUCCGGACUCUUUUGUGGCAGACGUGCCUGAGCAAUUUGCCACAGAGAUCAUGGUCUCUUGUGAGGACGCUGCUGUAGUGGACCAGCCCGAGGGCACCUUCGCUGCUGAUCAGGCACAUACCCUGGUGGCCACGGUGGACCCACAGGAGAUUGCAGACCAGGGCACCCUCUUCAUUGAGAACGUGUCCAUCCAGCCCCUUCUGGAAACUGACCCUUCCACCGCAGCUGUCCUCAGCUCCCUGCAGGUGUCGACCACCCAGAUGGUGGCGUAUUUUGAAACCAUCCCCACUGCGCCGGUGGUGUCCUCCAGCACCAUGGGGCCGCUGACGUCCAGUGCAUCGCCUCCCGAGACCGUGUUGUCCUCGGCCUUGACGGUGCCCAUUGUCUCGACGGUGCCCAUAGUGUCGAACUAUGCCGCCGGCUCCCUGGAUGAUGACGACUCCUCCUCCACCAUCGAGGUGGAGCUCUGUGCCGAAACCCUGGAGGAGCAACUUGAGGAGCACCGCUACCACAAGAAUGAGCUGACCACCCAGCAGCUGGUCGACCUGGUGAUGGGCCUGCAGAAGAAGGUCAAGGUGCUGCAGCAGCGACACCGGCGUCACUGCACCAAACUGGAAGCCAUGGAGGGUGUGGUGGAGCAGCUGAGGAAGGAGAGCCUGGUGUCGGAUGAGAAGCUCAAGCUGCUGGAGAUGGCGUGCCUGCAGUCCAGCGCGGUGAUGCCAGAAAGCGGCAGCACAGUUGCCAUCAUCUGCCAGGAGGAAGACCGGGCUCUAGUGUACGCUGUUCCCCAGCUCCCAGAGGAGGGGAAUGAGACAAUCAUCCACGUGGAAGAGCAGUAACCAAGAGACCCGUGCUCUAGAGCCCUCCGCUCCCUGCUUCACUGAGCUGCACGGUCAGGGAUCACCCUGGUCCUUCUCUCCCCAGCAACAGGAGCAGCGAUUCCCGUGCUGCUGGCAAUGAUGCAGCAGCUGCGUAUUCAAUGGCCUUCAUGCUAUGGCACUUUAUUUUGGUGGGGAGUGGAGAGGUGGGUUUGUUUCGAGUUGGAAUGAUUGUUUAUAAAGGGUCUUCUCAUGGGGGGAUCGAGUUACUGGCUCGUCCACGUAUCCACCUCCCUGAGCUGCAGGGUCCUGCUGUCACCGGGUUAAUAACCACCGAUUAAAAGCUGUAUUUACUCGUGUACUUGCUCUGCCUGCUGCACAUAAGCUGGCUGCCUGCUUGAGUGACAACAAAAAUGAGCAGGGUGUGUGUAUAAGCCAAGCCAACUCACCCCUUCCUAAGCUCCUGAAAACUCCUGUCAGCUUUGCUGCUGGCCCUGAGUUUUCUGCCUCUCUGGCACUGUUGGGGCAGUUAACCUAAUUGUUCCUCUGGGUCAUCCUGUGUAUGAGCCCUCCCCGGCUGCUGCCGUGGAAGCCUAGCACAAAUUUGUCGGCCUAUGCACAAGUAUCUGUGCGAAUGGGAAAUGGACCGAGCAGACUGAAGCGGCAAAGCUGGGCUGGAAAUCUUGAGGAUAGCAGUGCAGAGGUUCUGGAGGGACGUGUGACUGUGUCUCAGUUAACACUGACCAGCUGCGGUGUCACCCAAAACGCUGUCGUUACAAGGCUCACCGUUGAUCCCCGGGGUGCCACGCAUCCUGGGUGUGCACAGUUUGCUGUGAUAUUUAAACGGCUUGUUCUAGGCAGUAGCGCCCACCCCAAAUGCUCAAAACAUCACCAAAAAAUCAUGAGACAAUGUAAACAUAAUGGCUUUGGUGUUCUUUUUAUUUGCCUCCU